CCCUAUUGAGUGGCACCUCGCAAGCCCCCUUCAGCUAAAACCAAAUCUCCGAUAAAGUAAUGGCAAAACCACUUGGACUAUAAAACAUUACAAAUCAUAUACCUCGGAGCAUAUUUGUCCAUCCAAUGAGUUCCUAUUUUGUCAACUCAACUUUUCCUGUUUCUCUGCCCGGAGGACAGGAGUCUCUCCUUGCUCAGAUACCUUUAUAUUCCUCCGGAUAUACUGACCCUUUAAGACACUUUUCCAACGCUACAUAUGGAGCUGCCAAUAUGCAAGAGAAGGUUUACCCAACCUCAUAUUACCAGCAAACCACUGGGGUCUACGGUCGCCCCAGCACCAGCGCUCCCUGCGACUAUACAGCUGCCACUUUUUACAGUGACCGCUCGUGCGCUUUCACAAGUCGCGAGGAGCAGCCGCUCUUUGUAACUCAGGACCAGCGCAAGUCAGAGUGCCUCGAGCAGAAUGUAAACAUAACCACUGCUGUGGACGACAAGUCUUCUUCUCUGCUUUAUCCGUGGAUGCAAAGGAUGAAUUCUUGCACCGCUGUUUGCUAUUCUUUUUUUGCAGGGACCUUUGGCAGCAGUGGACGCAGGGGCCGUCAGACCUAUACUCGAUACCAGACUCUUGAGCUCGAGAAAGAAUUCCAUUUCAAUAGGUAUCUCACCAGGCGUCUUCGAAUCGAGAUUUCGCAUGCUCUAUGUCUCACUGAACGUCAGAUAAAGAUUUGGUUCCAGAAUCGCAGAAUGAAGUGGAAAAAGGAGAACAAAGUUAUGAAUCCUUCGAAGCCCAGCGAUGAAGAGGAGGAAAAGCAGACAGAUUAAAAGACAAUGAAUAAAGCUACACAAGCCAUCUUAUAACUGUUGUGCCAUGAAUUGAGAGAUGUUGAAUUAUUGUUGGUUAUUUUUUCAUAAAAUACCUGCACAAGCCUACACAUUUUUGUGAAAAUAUGUAAAUAGGCCUACUAGAUUCAUAUAUUUGCACGAUGAAAUAACGUUUGUAGGUUAGAAACAGGUUAGAAACAACUGAAGCUGACUAGCCUAUUCUUAUUUUAUUGUGUUUUUAUACUACUUACCACAUCCACAAAGUCAAAAUGGUCUAUAUCGUAAAAAUUCAUGA